AUUGAUACAACAAUUCUACCUCAAAAUCAUGAACCGAAGAUAAACUCCUUAAGAACUGACUAGGGCCAGGUAGAAGUCACUAUGGCCGAGUUCUAUCGUGCCGCACAAGUUGCCACUCGAGCGACAUCUCUACUUCUAAGCUCUACUCCAAGAUGGACAUCACAAACAUUCUUAGUCGCAUCAGGAUCUCGAAUGACCAGUGCGCGACAAUUGUCGACGACACAAGCCUUCCGAUCGAUUGAAGCCAACAAUGGGGCUAGGGACCCUGCUUCCCCCGCGAAGUCACCCACAUCUCAUACGCAGAACCAAAGUUACUCUUCCGCCAGUUGGCCCAGUUCCUCCAGAGAAUCCCGACAAACUGAAGAAGACAAUAUCGUGAUCAAGAAGCCAGAUAUAUCAGCUUACGAUGAAGACCCAUUAAUCACAGAAGUUGAUUUCGAUUCAGGCGAACUGAACAAGAGCAAAAUCGUAGAACAGCGCCCCGCUCCCGUACGGCCCCCUCUACGACUGGUCCCACGAACCGGCCGUACCGUCCAUGUCAGAAACAACGUCGAUGUGGCUAGGUCUUUCAAACUUUUAUCAAUCCAGGUAAACCAGAACAGAGUACGACAAGAUUUCUCACUACAGAAAUUCCACGAGCGACCAGGUCUCAAGCGAAAGAGGUUAAAGAGUGCUCGAUGGCGGGCAAGAUUUAAGAAGGGAUUCAAGGCUUGCGUCACCAGAGUUAGGGAAUUAACGAAACAGGGCUGGUGAGAUCCCCAUCUACCAUGUGUACGAUAUCAAGAUCGACCCA